AUGGACCCUCAUUCUAAAAGAAACUCCUUCAAUUUAGGUACUGCUAAUUUUGGAGGAGUUGGCUGGGUAAAACAAUCUCAAUUACUUACCUUAGCCCGCAAAUAUGAACUGGAUGUCCUUAAUAUCCAGGAAACUCAUUUAAAAUCCAGUACGAAAGACUAUUGGAAUAUAUGGUAUUUCAGAUCCUUCUUUCGUGGCUACUUAGUUUACAAUUCCAACGCCACUGAAGGUGAUAAUGGAGCAGGAAUUGCUACUAUUAUCAGACCGUCACCUUUUAUUAAGGUACUCCAAUUCGUCGAACAUAUUCAAGGCAGAUUAUCAGAAGUCAUUUUGGAACAUAAAUACCUAGGUGUGGCUCGCAUUUUCAAUUGGUAUGGCCCGGCUAACAAAAACAAACUAGAAUUCAUGAAUAAGGCUCUCAAUAUUAUCAACAUUUCUACUCAAACAGCGGUCUUUCAUGGUGAACGUAUUGUCAUAUUGGGAGAUUUGAAUGCCAAUACUAAAACAUUCAAUAAGGUAUCUUAUGCCGCCCAUGAACGACUAUUAAUUGACCAAUGUGACAAAUUGAAAUUCUUUGAUGUUGUUCCUAUUCCAAACACACCUUCGUUUUCUCAACGCAACAAAUACUCUCAUGGUUUUUCUCGCCCGGACCAUAUUAUUACUUCCCACAAUGAUUAUUCUGGUGUAGAAGAUGUUCCUACUGCUUAUUCUCACAAACUUUUAACUAUCUCCUUCCCCAGUAAUCCCAUUUUAGACUUCCCAGAACAGUUCAACAAAUAUAUUAUCCAUCCUAAAAUUUUACAAUCCAAGAUGAAGGAAAUUAAUAACGAUUUUGCUAAGGAAAACCCUGACACUCUUUUAGAAGCCCAAAAUACCCUUGCUAAAAUUGUGAAGAAAUAUGGUUCUCUUAGCACAAACAAGCCCUCAUUGAUCACUGAUAAUCGUAAUGUCAGACAAUUUCAGACUUUUAUUUUCGAUUUGAAACAAUAUCUCUAUAAGCGUAAACAUGUUUCUACUAUCACCAGCCAAUUUUUGAACAAUAAUUUUAGCCUCAACAAUGUCAAGGCUAAAUUAGAGGAAGCUAAAACCUCACUCAACAAGCUUAUUGGAUCUUUAUUGGCUGACCGUAAACGGGUCUUUGUGAAUAGAAUUAACAAUCUUAACUCUAAACAACUGUAUUCCUAUGCCUUCAGAAAAGAACUAGUCAGUCCUUCUAUACUCAAUGUAGUCCAAAGUAACCAUAACUCGACAAUUGUAGAUCAUUUUUCAGCCAUGUUUAAUACAGAACAAGAAGUGACUAAAACUCUCCCGGAAAUCAAGAAAAACAAUACUGUAGCCCAAUGGAAAUUCCAUCAUAUCACUGCCAAAGAGUUGGAUAAAGUUAUUUCUAAGACAAAAAAUUCUAUGGCUGGCUAUGAUAACAUUUCGGUGCCAUUGUUGAAAAUUCUAGACAACAAUUCGCUCCAAAUACUUGCAAAAUGUAUCAAUCACACAAUUGACAGUGAAAUGGUUCCUAAAGAAUUGGGUAUCGGUAUUCUACUCCCAUUACCCAAAAAUCAACAUGCCUUCAAAAUUAUCAGACUUUAG